CAAACCUCCAUGGCUACAAUCCGACCUCUUCCCUUUGAACUUGUAGCUGCACUGCCCCAUCAAGGUUAUUCCAGUAAUUUCAUUAAAACAACAUCAACAAGGCAAACAACUACCUUCAUUGAAACUGUCAACAACCAGCACCGAAACAAAUGAACUGAAGUUACUCAUCAUCCAAAAAAAACCCAACAAAUAAACCUGUUCUUUUGGUCCUCCUUUUUCCAAAAGCACUAGUUAUCCAACUGCUUUUCUAGGAAGUAGUUUUCCGGAUUAUUCUCUAGUGGUCUCUCAGGUGUGUAACCCUAGCAAUGCCACAGUCCAAAGGAACAAUACUUGCCGAGACUAUUGCAGCAACAGCUGUAGCUACUCUAGUUAUUGCCGGAAUCUUGUUCUUCGUCUACAGACUCCUCGCUGCUCGCCGCAACACAAAAGGCAAGGAAAAUGGGAGUUUUCGCCGCGAAGAAGUGGCGAUGAAUCGCGAGGAGUUGAGGCAAUGUGGUGGGAAUGUGAAGGGAUUAAUUGUUGACGAGAAUGGUGUGGAUGUUAUAUACUUGAGGAAAUUAGAGGCUGGACAUGCUCAUACAAAUUUUCCAAAGAUUAUGUUUAACCCUAGUUUUGAAGAUGAUGAUGAUGAAGAAGAAGAAAAUAGGGUGGAUUCUAAGCCGUCUGAUUUAAUCAAUCAUGAUCAGUUGGUAAAAAAACCAUUUUCUCUACAUCCUCCAAGACCUCUACUUAGAAAAAUUUCACCAAAAGUGUUGGAAAAGCAUGCUCAACCGGCAAACGAUAAAUCUGCGCCACCGCCGCCACCACCACCACCUCCACCUCCACCUCCUCCACCACCACCGCCUCCGCCACCUGUUAUGGUAAAAAAGAAUCCUCUACCACCUCCGCCGCUUCCUAAGGCAGGUGGUUUGGGUUUGUCACUAAAACCGCCGCCUGCACCUAGAGGCAGAGCAAGCUACAAGAGCAGGGCAGAGACCUCAACAGGGGAGGAGGGUUUAAAAGCAACCGGUGGCGGGCAAACGAAGCUGAAGCCGCUGCACUGGGAUAAGGUUAUGGCUGCCGCUGAUCAUUCAAUGGUUUGGGAUCAAAUCAAUGAUGGAUCAUUCAGAUUUGAUGAUGAGCUUAUGGAAAAUCUCUUUGGAUAUUCCAAAAUUAAAAACCAAUCCUCUGAGAGAAACAACCACAUGCCUUCAGCUUCAAGCAAACCUAACUCUGCACCAACAUCUCAAAUUUUCAUCCUAGAUCCUAAAAAGUCUCAGAACACCGCAAUCGUGCUAAGAUCUCUCGCAAUCUCUCAAAAAGAAAUCGUUACUGCCCUGCUUGAUGGACAAGGACUUGGUGCUGAUACACUAGAAAAGCUCACCAAAAUUUCUCCAACCAAAGAGGAAGAAGCAAAAAUCCUCCAAUUCAAUGGAAACCCUAGUAAACUAGCACUUGGUGAAUCUUUCCUCUACCACAUUUUGAAGGCUGUUCCUUCGGCAUUCACGCGUUUCAAUGCGAUGCUCUUCAGAGCAAACUAUGAUCUUGAAGUCCUUCACCUCAAGGAGUCCUUGCAAACACUUGAACUUGGGUGCAAGGAGCUAAGAACUCGCGGGCUCUUCCUAAAGCUUCUCGAGGCAAUUCUCAAAGCUGGCAAUAGAAUGAAUGCUGGAACUGCAAGAGGCAAUGCACAAGGCUUCAACCUAAGUGCUCUUCUAAAGCUAUCCGAUAUCAAAAGUACUGAUGGAAAGACUACUCUACUUCACUUUGUGGUUGAACAAGUAGCUCAAUCCGAGGGGAGAUGUUUCGUGAUAAAUCAAAACCGCAACUUUGGAAGAAACACUAGUCAAAGAAGCCAAACUAGUACACUGAAUUCGGAUAAUCUAACCACUGAAGAGCGAAGAAAAGAGUACUUAAUCCAAGGAUUGUCAAAGCUAGAAGGAUUGAGCACUGAACUAUCCAAUGUGAAGAAAGCAGCAACCACAGAGUAUGACAGCUUCAUCCACAUGUGCUCUGCUCUAAGCAACCGUGUCAGCGAAAUCAAGAAGCUUUUGGCAAAGAGUGGCAAUGCUGAGAGAGGAGGGUUUGCAAGAGAAAUGAAGGGGUUUUUGGAGGAAUGUGAGGCGGAGCUCACGGUGGUGAGAGAAGAGCAAACUAGGGUUAUGGAGCUUGUGAGGAAAACAACCGAGUACUACCAAGCAGGAGCUUCGAGAGACAAAGGAGCUGCACCAUUUCAGCUGUUUGUUAUUGUGAAAGAUUUUCUAGACAUGGUUACUCUUGUUUGUGCAGAAAUUUCAAGUAAACUACAGAAUAAGAGUUCUACGAAAGUGGUAGGAUCAUCGUCACCGCCACUGUCACUUUCAAGCAUAACAUCAAUGGGGUUGAUGAACUUUCACUCACAUUUUGUUUCAGAUGUGUCAUGGACAUCUUCCAGUGAAUCAGAAGAUGAAUUCUGAAGCUGAUGUAAUAUAGUUUUGCUAGAAUUAUUAAAUUUCUAUGCAUUUUUUACCUUUUCCUGCAUUUUCUCAGCUAACCAUGUUUAGGAGGGAGGGUAGUCAAAUUAUGAUUUGAAAGAAUCUUAAAAAACUUUGGUGUAGUCA